AUGCGAGGCACUGAACCUAGUGAAGAUGGCACAGUCACGCCAUCCACUAUUUUGAAAGGAACCGUUGGACAUAAGAGCAAGAAAGCUAUGGAAUCGAUAGCCCCCAUGUUACAGGAUUUCACCCCAAAAACUUCAUCAAGUGAGAAUACGUCUUUGAAAUUACCUCCAUCUAUUAAUGCAAGUUUAGGUAGUGAAGAAGAUGAUGAAGAUGUUGGUGUUACUUUGCAAAGAACGCUAAGUCAUAAUUCACAAUAUGGUGGAAAUUCUCACAGCAAACCACCUCAGUCCCCACGUUCAGGUCUAUCGUUUCUAGAUGGAAUGGGAUCUGGAUCAGAUAGUGUUAUGAAUUCUGAAGAUUCUUGUGAUCCUGUAGGAAUAGACUUGGACGCUGGUACACUUCCGAUUUCAUCAUCUGGUAUGGCUACCCCACAUCAAGAGAACUCUAAUCUAAACUUAAGUAGUAGUGUUAGUUCUACUCCAAGCACAGUAGCUUCUUCGAGAAAAGGAUCAUUUGCUAGUGCUAAAUUGCAAUUGCCAAAGAUUGGAAAAAUUGGUGUCUGUGCUAUGGAUACUAAAGUUCUCUCAAAACCUUGCCGGAGAAUUUUAAACCGUUUGAUUGAAAAUGGAGAAUUUGAAACUAUUAUUUUUGGUGAUAAAGUAAUUUUAGAUGAAAAUAUUGAAAAUUGGCCAACUUGUGACUUUUUGAUAUCCUUUUUCUCUACAGGUUUCCCCUUAGAUAAAGCUAUUAAUUAUGUCAAGCUUCGCAAACCUUACAUAAUCAAUGAUUUGAUAAUGCAAAAAGCAUUAUGGGAUAGACGUUUAUGUUUGAGGCUACUUGAAACUGCAGAAGUUCCAACACCUUACAGAUUAGAAAUAAGUAGAGACGGGGGACCAGUAGUUGAUAACGAUUUAAGAGGAAAACUAAUUGAAAAGAACGUAAAAGUCGAACCUAUCAAAGAACCAAAAUGGAGAAUGGUUGAUGCAGAUACGUUGGAAGUUGACGGUAAAAUUAUCACCAAGCCUUAUGUUGAAAAGCCUGUUGAUGGUGAGGAUCAUAAUAUCUACAUAUAUUACCAUUCCAAAAAUGGUGGUGGUGGUCGGAGACUAUUUAGAAAAGUUGGUAAUAAAUCAUCUGAAUUUGAUCCAACUUUAGAUGGACCACGUACUGAAGGAUCUUUUAUUUAUGAAGAAUUUAUGGAUACCAACAAUUUUGAGGAUGUUAAGGCAUAUACUGUUGGUGAUUCUUUUUGUCAUGCAGAAACUAGAAAAUCACCAGUAGUUGAUGGUAUUGUAAGAAGAAAUACGCAUGGUAAAGAAGUAAGAUAUAUUACAGAACUUUCAGAUGAAGAAAAGGAUAUGGCUGCCAAAGUAUGCAGAACAUUUUCUCAAAUGAUAUGUGGUUUUGAUUUAUUGAGAGUGGGCGGGAAGAGUUAUGUCAUUGAUGUUAAUGGUUUUUCUUUUGUAAAAGAUAAUAUGUACUAUUAUGAUCAAUGUACUAAAAUUCUAAGAGAGCUUUUUAUUGAAGCUAAAAAGAAAAUUGACGCGGAAAAGAAGAGAACCCAUUUUAUUCAGGAAGAAAAAACCCAAAAGUGGGUCUUCAAAGGGUUGGUUACGGUGAUCCGUCAUGCUGACAGAACUCCUAAACAAAAGUUAAAACAUUCCUUUACCUCGCCACUUUUUAUUUCCCUUUUAAAAGGACAUAAAGAAGAAGUGGUAAUAAGAAAGACGGAUGAUUUAAAAAUAGUUUUGAAGGCAUUACAAAUAGCUUUGGAGGAUCAUGAAGAAGAUCCUGUAAAGCUAAAGGUAUUGCAUAACGCAUUACAGAAGAAACUAGAAUUCCCAGGGACAAAGAUUCAGCUAAAACCUGUUUUAACUAAAGAGAAAGAAGUUGAAAAAGUUCAAUUUAUUUUAAAAUGGGGAGGUGAACCUACUCAUUCAGCUCGUUAUCAAGCUAGAGAUUUGGGUGAACAAAUGAGACAAGAUUUUGAUUUGUUAAAUAAAUCUAUUCUUCAGAAUAUAAAGAUAUUCUCUUCAUCCGAAAGAAGAGUUCUUCUGUCAGCACAAAUUUGGGCAUCUGCUUUAUUCAGUGAGGAUGAAUUAGGUAGUGAUGAAAUAAACAUUAGAAGAGAUUUAUUGGACGAUAGUAAUGCAGCAAAGGACUUAAUGGAUAAAGUGAAAAAGAAGUUAAAAUCUUUAAUUCGUGUUGGAACUGAAAUUCCUCCUCAAUUUGCUUGGCCUCCUAAAAUGCCAGACCCAUACACUGUUACCAAACGUGUGGUAGACUUAAUGAACUAUCAUAGAAAAGUUCUUAAUUACAAUUUUACAAAAGAUGAUGUAGAUGACCUACAAUCUAGAUGGUGCUGUGGUGAAGAUCCAAUGCUAUUCAAGGAAAGGUGGGAAAAACUAUUCAAGGAGUUUGAAAAUGUUGAAAAAUUAGAUCCUUCAAAAAUUUCUGAGUUGUAUGAUUCUAUGAAAUAUGAUGCUCUCCAUAAUAGAGAUUUCUUGGCACAUAUAUUUGAUCCAGGUGAAUGUCAAGAAUUAUUGAAACAAGAAAUAUGUAAUCAAUCUUUAGUUGAUUCAUAUCCUAUUAAUGUUUUGGCAAAAAAUAAUUUCAAGAUUGUCGAGGGUGUCCCAAAACAUAACGCUACACCUACAUCUCCAAGAUAUGCAAGCAGUGUUGGCUCUUUAGGAUGGGUACUUGAAAGUUCAAAGACCUCGAGCUCUCAGAAAUCUGAACAUUCUUCUCUAUUUGAUGAACCACGUUUCUUGCAAUUCAGAGAGCUUUUCAAAUUGACAAAGGUAUUGUUUGAUUUCAUCUGUCCAAAAGAAUACGGUAUUACUGAUUCUGAGAAGCUUGAUAUUGGAUUGUUGACAUCACUACCUCUAGCCAAUCAAAUAUUAAAUGAUAUUGAUGGUAUGAAAAAUAAGGAAGAGCCUGCCUGUAUUUCGUACUUCACUAAAGAGUCACAUAUAUAUACAUUGUUAAACAUCAUAUAUGAAUCAGGAAUUCCGAUGAGAAUAGCAAGAAAUGCAUUGCCAGAAUUUGAUUAUCUAUCUCAAAUUAAUUUUGAACUUUACGAAAGCACAGACAAUUCUGGCCAAAAAUCUCACUCAAUAAGACUAAAAAUGUCACCAGGUUGUCAUACUCAAGAUCCCCUUGAUGUACAGCUAGAUGAUAAGCAUUAUAUUAGUUGUAUUCCAAAAAUUUCAUUGACAAAACAUUUGGAUAUGGAUUAUGUUCAACAAAAAUUAAGAAAUAAAUUUAGCAGAGUCAAUAUGCCAAAGAAGUUCACACCAGUAAACAUCACUAGUCCAAAUUUAUUGUGCCAAGAACAUGAGGAAGACUAUAAGAAAAUCAGUUUUGUGAAAUUGGAAUUAGAUGCUCCUGAUGAAAGUUCCCAAUCAAAUGACCAACAGAAAUUACCAGAUUCACAUUCUGCCUCUAUUGCAUCGAUCGAUAAUGUGUUGAACUAA